AUGAUAGGCCCGACUCUCUUCCCCAUUUAUUUCGUUUUGUUAAAAAUUUGUUGGCGCAACGAACAAAAAUACAAAACGGUACGUGUACAUGAUCGUACUUCAACAAUUCCUUACUGUGCACCGAUCGGAUUGUUCUUGCCACGAAGGAGUUCAGAAAGGAAUGUUCAUUCAUUAUCACAACAGACCGUCAGGAAAAAGACGAGUGGUAUUCUAAUUUUACAGCAUUCAAUUUUUCCUGCCAAGAGUACGUUUCAUUCUAUUUGUUUUUCAUCCCUAAACGUACAUUUCAUUCAUUUGCCCAUUAACAAUGUGCUUCACUUAUCAUCUCACGCUUCAUCCAAACAAUUACAUCUCUUUAAUCCACCAGAACCUCGUUCGUUUCUUUCGAUCCCUACUAUUUCACAAAAAUGUCAAAUCACCAGGGACUUGUUCCUUAUACCUGAUUCUGCCCCUUCAAUCAGCACCAACUCAAUAAAAAAAAUAAAACCAACGAGGGGUGGUAUGGCAACCAACAUGCAAUUAAUGCUACGGCCAAAGAACGUGCCGCCAGGCAACGUGCCACUGACAACAAAUCUUCUGGAGAUAAAAGUACCGGAUCUGACAUUCUGUCAUUACGCUGUGCUAAUCGAGCCAGCAAUAGCGCGGCGACUCAAUCACCUGGUGGUCGGUGCAAUUGUGCAGAGGCAUGCCGAAGAGUUUCAGGGCAUCAGCGUGGGAUACGAUGGUAAUACCAUCCUUGUGGCCAACAAGCAACUGGCACAGGAUAUAGUUGAUGUAGAGAAGGUUGGAAGCAGCGAGGUAACGAUCAAGUUCGAAUACAAGAAUACGCACUCGCUUAACGAUCCUAUGGGCAUGCAGUGCCUUGAGAUCAUGCUCAGAUCGUACCAGGCCAAGAUGUUCUUUGCAGAUGGUAGGAAGAGUGUGUCGAGUGCUGAGAAGACACACAUUUCGGGUGGCAUUGAGCUGUGGCACGGUCUUACACAACGUGUAAAGCAUCUGAACGACAAAUUCUUUCUCAACGUUGAUGUUGCGUUCACACCGUUCUACGAACCGAUAAUGUUGACCGACGUGCUCUUCAAGAUGUGCCAGCGCCGCAGAGAUGACCAUGUUGAUCUUCGGCGCGUCGAUUCGAACAAGUUCAGGGCGCUCUCCAAGUUUUUGAAGAAUGUCCGGCUCACAACGGUGCACCGAAAGAAUAACCCGAAGUUUAAAUGCAUUGAUGUGACUGACAAGGGUGCGUGUGACACAUUCUUUGGAGAGGAAAAUAUGAGCGUAGCGGAGUACUUUUCCAAGCAGUACAGGCCGCUUCAGCACCCCUACCUGCCGUGUGUGGUUGUUAAGAAGAAAGAUGGCAACAUUUUCUUUCCCAUCGAGGUUGUGAAAAUCAUUGAGGGGCAGAAAUACGUCAAGAAGCUCACCGAUUUUCAAACGGCAGAAGUGAUCAGAAUGGCAGCACGACCUGCUGUGGAUCGGUUUCAGUGCUUGGAGAGCCGCAUGAGAUCGAUGCAGAUCACCUCUAACGAGGUGCUCACGAAUAUCAAUGUUCAGAUCAGUGACCGUUUCUACGAUUGUCUUGGGAAGAGAUUGAGCCCGCCCGACGUGCUCUUCGCUACAGGAAGUGUCCAGCCAAGUAGAGGAUCGUGGAACCUAAAGAAUCAGAAGGUGGUGCGCGGUGUAGCGGUGCUGAGAUGGGUGGUGCUCGUGCUUGCAGAUGAAAGUGUAUCAUACAUCAACAGGUAUAUUCCGAACCUGGUGAAGAUAUGCAAUGACAUGGGUGUUAUAAUGGCGAACCCUCUUGGGGUACGCAAGGUCACACUCGAUAACAUCGAAGAGCACAUCAAGGGACAUGAGCUGGCCAUGAUAAUCCUGCAGGACAAGUCGUCGUUUGUAUAUCAGGAGGUGAAGCGGAUUGCAGAUAUCAACUGCUGUGUGGUCACACAGUGCGUCAGGAAGCAGAAUGUAGAAAAGCUCAAGGACGGGUCGUUCUGCGGCAACAUCGCCUUGAAGAUCAACACCAAGCUGGGCGGUGUGAACUUUACCGUUGAUAUUGCGCAGGAUGAGCUCAUUGUGUUUGGGGCAGAUGUUACGCAUCCGGGAUUCGGUGACCUGAGCAGCAACAGCAUUGCAGCAGUCGUAAGUUCUCUUGACAAGAACUUCAGCAGAUACCACACCUCGCUGAGGAUGCAGCCCAAGCGGCAGGACAUCAUUGAGGACCUCACGAACAUAACGAAGAAUCACCUCAUACGUUUCCGUGCAUGCACCACGAAGAUACCGCGCAAGAUAAUCUUUUUCAGGGAUGGCAUUGGUGAUUCUCUCAUGCAGAAUGUUUAUUUCAGAGAAAUUGAGGCCAUAAGGGAGGCGUGUGCAGCUCUCCAUGAGGGGUACCGCCCCAAGCUUACGUUCGUGGUUGUUCAGAAGAGGCAUUCGGUAAGAUUCAAGGGAGACGGAAAAGAUGAGAUUGUAAAGGACAGGCGGCGCGGUCCUACGUGCAACCCCAUGCCGGGUACGCUUGUUGAUAGCGUUGGAACGGUUUACAACGAUUUCUAUAUGAUAUCGCACUAUGCUCUGCAGGGCACGCCCUGUCCCAUCAAGUAUCACGUGUUGGUUGAUGAGAACAACAUUCCAAACUUUCCCCUGUACAUUUACAACAUGUGCCACGUGUUCACGAGAGCCACCAAGAGUGUGAGUGUAGUGCCACCGGUAUAUUACGCGCACUUGGCGGCAGCACGUGCUAAGUGCUACGUUGACGGUGAUAGGCUGAUUGAGACCGAAGAGAAGCUCAAGGAUGUUCUUUAUUACUUAUAGGUAAGUAAAAAUAUGAGUAUGAGAUGUAGCACGGGGAUGUACCACGCAUUGCACCUUCUGAUGAGAAUUGUAAUGUCCUGAUGUUUCGUGCACUGUUCUAUUUCGUUCUUUGGUCCUAAUCAUGUUUUGUACGAGUGUUGGUCGUGCCCGUUCCUUGGUAUUAACACACAUCCCUUU